UUUCUAUAGCUUGGUAUUAUUUAAAAUUUCACAACUUAGUCCUGCUGUCCACAUAUGUGGACAUCAAUUUUUAGUAAAACUAUUUGCUCUAGAACAUUUAUUAUUAUUAAUGUUAUUAUUAUUAUUAUUUUGCUUGUUUAUUAGGUGCUACUACUUACAAAUAAAAAAGGGAAAUGGAAAAUGCACACAGCCGUCACGCUCUGGUUUCAGGAGGUUACAUGAAUAGUUUCAAAAAAGUUUCUGUGAUCUUGUAGUGUGGGAGUCAUAUGGACUAUUGUGCUCUUUUAAUUAAUUAAUUUAUUUGCCUAACGGUGACAUCAGUUGCAUUGGUUUGUUCCUUGUUUGCAUUUACAGCACUCUGUGGAUAAAACCUUCAAGAUGACUAUUCGACUUAAAUUACUUGUCAAAGCCUAAUAACCACAAAUCCAAUAUAUUAUAAUAAUUAGUAAUUUGAUAAAACUGUAGUGGGUUUAAACAUAGGUAUGUAAUAACUGGGCAAGUUAUUUAUUAUUUUCUAUCAACUCAUCUUUUUUUUUUUUUUUUUUAAUGAGUUUAUAUUGUAUGUCAAUAAUUUAUUUGGACAUUUAAAAGCAAAACUGCAAUUUAAAGACAUUUUGAAUUAAAGUUAUAGAUUAAAAUAAUAAGUGUUUUAAGUGUCUCUCUUUGAAAUGUUUCAUUGUAGCAUAUUUCCUCCUCUUAUUAGGACCAUGCAGCCUACAUUUUCCUGUUUUGUUUGUGUUUGCAUAACAAGCAUCAUUUGGAAAUGAUAAACAAACUUUUCCAUCCAUGACAUCAUGUUGUCUGAGUAGAAAGAGUGGUUUGCAUAGAAGGCAGUGUAAACCAUAUAAUCAAUAAAACACAAUACACCGCUCAGAGCAUUACACCUACAGCAAGAACAUCAACGGCAAAAAGUCCAAAACAUUUUAAAGAUCUUCAGUUUUCUCCAUUAUUACAGUAGGUAAUCAGAGAUGGAACAAGGUCUGCUUCAAGUACUUCUUUUACUUGGAGUUCUGUCUAGUUCACUGAGCUUUAGGGGUCAGUAUAUUCUGAUCCAGCAGAAGAAAACAUGGUCAGACGCUCAAGCGUUCUGUCGAGCAAAUCACCUGGACUUGGCCACAUUUAACAAUGAUAAUGACAGGAAUAACUUCAGAGACUACCUGGCUGCUAGUAAAUUUAAUUCAGAUGUCUGGGUUGGAUUAUACUCUCAAUACUCUGACAUCAAUAGCUGGCGAUGGUCCUUUCAAGACGAGAACGUAACGUUUACCAACUGGAGCCCCGGAGAACCUAACAAUUUUGGUGGCAAUGAGAAGUGUGUUCACUUUUGGUCUAGUAAUACUUGGAAUGAUCGACCUUGUUCCACAUAUAUGUACUGUUUCUGCUAUGAUGGAGUGACAGAUAAUUUCAUCCUUGUUAAAGAUCAGGUCAGAACUUGGUACGAGGCCCAGAAUUACUGCAGACAAAAUUAUACAGACCUCGCCACUGUACGCAAUAUAAGUGAUCAGAAUAAACUUAAACAGUUGAUGGAGCAACAAUCAAUGUAUACAAAUAUCUGGAUCGGAUUGUUCCGGGAUUUCUGGAAGUGGUCGGAUGGAACCAACAUCACCUCCUUUAAAUGGAUUCUUGGAGAACCAGAUAAUAUUCUGCAUAAUGUGGCAUGUGCUUAUGCUAAUUCUGAAGGCAAUACAGGUGAUACAGCAUGCUCGGAUCGGCAUCCGUUUGUCUGCAACAAUGUGAUAAAAAAGAUUAAGGUGAGAAUGGAGUUAAAAUCAGAUCAAAAUUUGACCAAUCCUAAAAUUCAGGACACCAUCUUACAGCAAAUAGAGCAGAAACUGAAGCAGCAUGGAAUGGCAGCGGACGCUGAAGUGACAUGGAAAGUUCAAGCAGACGGUCAAGAGUUCCACAAGAAGGAAAAUUAUACACAACAGCAAAACUGGAAGGCUUGUGACUCAUACCCUGACCAUCCAAGUUACCUCAAUGAAACCUGGAGCUACUGACAUCUCCACUAGUGGAUCCCAACCUUAUUUUUCUGGGAACCCCUCUUUUCCAAUUCCAAUAUGUACACAUAAUUUGUAAAAAAAAAAUGUACUGAAGGGAGUCCAAACUUUUGACCUGCCUUGAAUUAGAUUACUAGCCUUUAAUUAGUCUUUAAUAAGUCAUACUGUAAAACAUAUCGUUUUAAGUCUUGGCUUGGAAUGAGCAAUUUAAAUAUCUGAAAACAAAUAAAUGAAGGGGUAAAUAUCACCAGCAAUACACACUUUAGUUAAGUGUCUCAUUGACACAUUUAAAACAUGAACAAGGGGUGACAUUUAAGAAUUAAAUCACAUCAUGAACACCAUAAUUUUGGAACAUUACCUGCUUUUUUAGCAUCAAAAGUGAAAAGCGCCAUACAGCGAUCCCGACAAGGAGGUUCAAGACAGGGAGUGUCGCAAAUGUACACACAAUAAACACAAAAUUAAAAUCUAAAUUAUUCUGUGACUAAAUUAAAGGGUCAUGAAAAUGUGCGGAAUUGCAUAUAAAAACCUGACCAGCCACAAUUACACUGAAGAUGGAUCAAUAAUCUACACAAUUGCAUUAUGUGUGUAAAGUUAGUUUUAGUUUCGCAAAUUACUUCUGUGCUUGGAUUUACAUUUGUGACCACUUUUGAGACUUUCUUUUUUUUUUUGUGACGUUGAUUCAGAUACCACACACUGAUGGCAUUUUUAAUGCCAAAAUUGUCUGAGUAAGAACAUUUCAAAUGCCUUUUUUAUUUCACUCAGAAACAGACAAAUGUAAUUCAAUAGGUUACGUUCCUAAUUACAAUUUUAGUCAUGUAAUUUGUAAUCCGUACCAGAUUACAAUUCAGAAGUAAUAUUCCCAGCACUGCUGACAGGCGGUAUCUGUAUCUGAAAGGUGAUUGGCUCCUUUACCUGUAAAGCAGUACUUUCUUUUCUGCCUAGAUAUGCCAUUUGGGUGUUCCAAUUUCUCCCAUUCACUUUAACUCAAGUGCUCCGUCUCAUUUUUAAUUUGAUCAUAACAUUCGCAAUGCUUCAUGGGAUUGUACUGUAGUUCAUAUACCUCAUGAAAGACGU